CCAGCAUAUAGAUUGUGCUGAAUCUAGGAACUGCAACACACCUAUACAUCAUAGAGUCAGUUAAUCGUUAAAAACAGGCGUUAUGUACACACUCGUGUACAUACUAUUCAAUCAUAAGUAAAAAAAAAAAAGUGUAUAAAGAUAUUAAUUUUAAGUCUUUUCAAUGUGACAUAUAUUGAUAUUUAUACUCAUUACCAGUAAUAACUCAUACCUAAUUGAUUUAAAUUACCGAAAGAUAAUAAAUCGCUGGUAUAUAAAUAAGUACUUGGUAUUUAAUGAAUUAAAUAACUAAACGUUUUGUGAUGAAAUAGUGCAAUCGUUUGUUAGGUUAGUGGUGGGACAAUUGGUAGUUUUUUUCUCUCCCUGUCGACCAUUGAGAACUAUCUUGUAUAAUUAUUUUUUUUUAUUAACAUAAAUACCAAGAAAAAUUUUAUUAUUUAUCAACAACAUCAACAAAAAAAGUUGUACAACUUCUGCGUUAGCAGUGACAAUUAAAUAAGUUGUAGUAUUAAUAAUAAUAUUUAAAAACAUCAGCAAUAGUAACAUCUGCAUCAGCAUCGCUCGUACCUAAAAGACACAUCAUAAUUGGACAUAAUUAUUUAUUAGUGAUUUUUUUUUCCAAAGUCAUUUAACUCUCAGCAUUGCGUGUCUUCGGAAGCCUACGAUAUGCAAUAUCUAUAAAUUACUGAGUAGAGUAAAUAAACAAUACCAUAAAAAUAUAAUGAGCUCAAGCUACGAGUUCCAUAACCAGAUGUGUAGACGUUUAAUUGAUAUGCGAUGAGUGGUGGUGGUUUUCGAGGACGAGGAUUUGGACCACACGGGGCACGUUACUCUAGUCCACAGCAAUCUAGUAGACGUGAUGAUGGUCAGAGAAAUAAUACGCCUCGAGGACGUGGUAAUUACCAACGAAAUAGCUACAAUAGUUCAUCGAGACGUGGUGGCAAUCAUCAGCAAGGAGACAAUAAUAAUUGGCAACAAAAUUCACAGCAGCAAAGAUAUUCAAGAUGGGAUCAACAGUCACAUCCACAACCCUGGGCAAAUUCACGUGGUGGUGGACGUGAUCAAUUCCAGAGUUCUGUAAGAUAUUCAUAUCAACAGCAGCACAAUUCACCCUACCAGCAGAGAAAUAAUCGUCCUUAUGGACGUGGUAGAGGUGGAAAUGCAGGUGAUAGUGGCGGUAGUGGUAAUAGUGGAGGUGGUGGUAGUGGUGGUGGUGGUUAUGGUUAUUCAGGACCUCGUGGUCGUUCAAAUUUUUUCUCACCUUAUUAUUCAGCUCCGUUUAGAGAAAAAAAUUAUCAACAUGUUGAUAAAGAACCAGAAGAACCGUCAGCACCUUUGUUGGGGUCUGAAGAAGAACGUCAGCAAAAGAUAACAGAAGCUGCUGAUGAAUUAAAACGAAAAUUGUUAUCUAAUCGUAUAAGUUCACCAGUUGAACCAAAUUGGUAUGAUGAUUUUAAUUUAGAUACUCCAAAUAAAGAUGAGGAUCAAGUAAAUGUUGUUAAAGCAAAGCCUGAGCUUAAACAUGGUCCACCGGAACUAGAUUUAACACUCAGUGACUUAAAAGAUAUCGGUAGAGUAGAUUUUGAUAAUACUAUUAAUUCGACAAAUGUUUCGGAUAAUAAUUAUAGUCAACCAUCCGCCGAAAUUGAUGAUGAUAUUAUUACAUGGAACAAUCUGUCAGUAGCGCCGCUUACUGAUGUCGAUCAACAACAAACAAUUGGAGAUGUUGAUAGUAGUACUGAUGCUGAUGUUGUUGUUGUUGAUACGAAUGAUCAAGUAUCUGGUACUAUUGUUGAUUCGUUUGAAGAAUUUCAAUUGGAUAACUUUGAAAUAGCGACUAUUAAAGUUCGUGAUCCUCUUACUUUUGAAGAAUCAACAACAACUGGGUUAUCAGACACGCCUUUUACAACAGAUACUGCUACUUUUGAUUUGACAAAUGUCGCUGACACUUAUAACAGAGAUGAUGAUUCAUUUAACAAUGUAACUGAUAAUAAUAAAUUAAUAGCAAAUGAUAACAAUGAAAUAGCGCCUGAUAAAAGUCAAGUAACCGGUGAAUUGUAUGAUUUACAGCAUUAUACCGUCCAAACAUCAUCCACACAAUCAUCAGAACAAAAUUUAUUUACAACAGAUAAUACAUCGGAAAAUUCAAUAAAAACAACUGAAGACAAAUCAAAAAGUCAGUCAAAAUCAAAGAGUAAGAAAAGCCGAAAACAAGAUAACAGUGAAACUAAUACAACAUCAUCCUCAUUAUUACAGUCGCCUUCUCAAUCGUCUGAUUAUUCAACUCAAAAAGAUGAUAAACUUGAUGAACCAACUAAUACAUCAACAAAUUUCACAAUAACCGAUAAUAAAAUUGACCUAAAUAAACAAAUAAAACCACAAAUUAAAAUUAAAUCAACUGAAGUACUAUCAAAUAAACAGCAAACAACACGAACUUCAGCUUUCUCAGCUUCUGAAAAUGAAGAAUUUCAUUUACCCGCAGCAUUUGAUCCACGGCGAAGCGGUAAUUUAUCACUUUCAACGAUGGUACCUGAAUAUGAUCCUCAAUUACCACCACCGAUAAUUACUAAUACGGAUAAUAUCAGCCAAUGUACUCCUUAUAACACUCAUAUGUCAUCAAUGCCAAUGAUGGCUCCUGGAACAGCUAUAAAUAUGCCUACAACAAUGACUGGUUAUCCAGCACACACCAGUUACACGUCAAUGGUACCUUACGCAACGCCUAUACCAAUAUCAUAUCCAUCGGUAAUACCACCACCUGUUGAAUAUCCUCAACUUCCAUUAUCUCAAGUACCUUUACCGCCUAUACCAUCAACAAAAACAAUCGCUAACCAAUCAUCUAACAAGCCAGAUGUUAAUGGUGAUACAAAUGUUAGUGUUGAUGAUUUACUUGGUGAUAUGCAGAGAGCCAUGGAAUUCGCUGAACAGUGUUUGGGUAGCAAUUCAAAUGACGCUAUUGAAUUUCCUACGUUACCAAAUCUACCGGUUUUACCGCCACUACCAGAAACAACAGCACCAGAUGUUGUUAAGAAAAAGAAGAAAAAUAAAAAAAAAAGACCGAAAUUUGAAGUUUCUAAGGAUUAUGGACCAGAACAAGAUCCUGCUUCUAAUAAGGAAACAGUAAUAACGGCUUUUGAACCUGUGAUAAUUAAAACAGAACCACUAGCAGCAGCAACACCAACAAUAAAAACAACUGUAACUGCUGUAACAACUGAAAAAAUAUCAGUAACUUCAUCUAAAUCGUCAGUAACAACAGCAGCAACAACAACAACAACCGCAAAAACUUGUGAUAAUAAAACUACAGAAGAAGAUGUCACAGAUGAAUUGGGAAGACGUAAAGUUGUAUUUAAUUUAAAUACAAAAUUUAAAAAAAUAAAUAAGACUGACGAUUGGGUUGGCAGUGAACCUGUAGAAGAUGAUACUAAAGCAAAGCUCAAAAGACUGAAGAAUCUUUUACAAUUAGAUUCAGAUAUCAUUAUCACGGCUCCAACAGUUACCACAACUACAACUGUUGCCAAUGAUUCAACUGGUGGUACAUUCAAGUCACAACAAUCGUAUCGUAACAACGAUAAUACUAACAAUGGAUCUGAAAAAUCAGUAACUGAAUUUACUAAUGAACGUGAUUACAAAAAGUCAAGAGAUAGAAUUCGUGAUAAAUCGGACAGACGUGAAAGUCGAAAAAUAAUUGAGAAAAGUGAUAUUUCACAAGAUAAAAAUAAUAAACAUUCGUCGAAAAAAAGUAUUAGUGAUCAUAAUAAUAAAACAAGUAUCAAUAGCAAUCAAUCUUAUACCUCAAAGUCUGAUAAAGUAAACAAUCAUAGUGAUCAUCAUAAUACACAUAAUGAGGUUAGUGAAUCUAAAACACGUCGAUCAUUAUCAUCAUCACCACAUCCAUCAUUGUCAUCUUGGAAAAAUCGUGUAAUAACACGAUUUUUACGUAUGAGUAAAAAUGAUAUACAAAAUAUGAUAAAUAAUUCAAGUUUACGUAAAUUUGAUAUUGCAAUGCAGAAUCUUGUAAAAGAAAAAAAAUCAUCAUUGUCGUUGGAAAUGCGUUUAAAUGAAGAUGAAAAAAUGAAAAAUAGUACUUAUGAAAAUGAAGACUUUAUGAGCCAAUUGCAGGCAAUUCUUGAUCCAGCAGCGACAAUUGAUAUUACUAAUUUACCAACAACAUUUAUUCAUCAAUUGAGUGAAGUACUUCAUCUCGAUCCACUGCCUCCUGAUAAUGAUGAUUUAACCUGUGAUAAGGCAAGUUUACGCUUGGCAUUGAACCUAGACAACCCAUCAACAUCAACUAGUGAAAUCGAUCAUAUUGAGACAGGUGGUGGUAAUGGUAGUGCCACUGCCAAUGAAUCGUCACGAUGUACUGGUAGUACAAAUACACCUGCCCAUGUUACUCAUGUUACUACAACACAUGAUAAUACACCAAAGCACCGAAAGAUCGAUAGUAGGGUGAGUAAAGACACAACUAAAAACUCAGUGACCCCGACAAAUCCUACACUAUAUACCAUUCGAACUCGUGGAAAACGCACUGACGUUGAUAUUACACAAAACAUUCAGCAACAUCCUACAAGCAAUGCUAGUGUUCAUACUUGUACGUCAUCAACUUCGACAUCAUCUCCAGCAACAACAUCCAAAUCAGGAUCAACAUUAACAUCAACCCCAUCAGCUUUACCACCACCACCAGCAAUAGCAGCAGCAGCACCAAUAACAACAAUAAUAACAACGGCGCCAAUACCAGCGACAAAAGUAACGUCUCACCAUGCAGGUAACUUUAAUAUGAAUGACCUAGAUGAUAUAUUCAGUGCUGGUAUAGCACGUGCUAAAACAGUUAAAUCACAAGCUACAGUAUCAACACAAGCAUUGACUGUUAAACCAGUGGCAAUUGAAUCUAGUGCGAGUGUUGAACGGGUAACGGCAAUUGUAGAAAAACAACCUCUGUUGAGACGAAUUGAAACGCCAAUUGUUGAAAGAGUUGAAAGACAAGCUGUUGAAUUGGAUAAAAUAUUUACAGCAGGUAUUGCCAAAGCUAAAGCUGCGUCUUUAAAAGCUGCUGCUUCUGCUGCGUCUGCUGCAAGUAUGGGUGACGAGAUACACGACACCAGGGAGUAUAGAACACAACGUGAUUCUUCCCGUGAAUCAAGCAGUAAUUCUGGUGGUAUGUGGAAACGUAAAGUUAUUAUUGAUGAUCCGGAUAAUUUCCGUAAUUUAACUAAAGAAGAGUAUGAAGCUAAAUAUGGAGAACCACCUUAUCCCUCUUACUAUGAAGAUGAGUAUAAAGAUUUUACGACAAUGCGAUCACGUAGACUUGUACUAAAUGGUCGUGAGUCUAUACCACCAAGUCAUCCGGUCGAUAAUUCUUAUUUUACAUUUUCACCGCAAUUGGCUAAUUCACAAAAUAUAUCAAAUCCAGACGAAAGUGAUGGUGACGAUAAUAGUUUGGCGGGAAGUGAGUCAAGCAGUUGGAGCAGUACAAGUUCAGCUAAUGAAGAUAAUGUUGAAUUGGAUGUUUCAAAAGUAUUAAAGUUUAUAAAAGAACGUGAAAAAAUAGCUAAAAAGAAAUCAAUAAAUGAUGAAAUAAGAGAUGAAGUUAAUGCUGAAAUUGAAAAGAAACGUAGAGAAAAAAGUGCAAGACAUAAAUCACACAAAUCACGUUCGAAAAAACGUGAUAAACGUAAAAAAGAUAAAAGAGGUAAAAAGAAAAAGCCAAAGAAAAAAAGACGACGUAGAAGUCAUCAUUCGUCACCGAUUAAUGACAAUCCAGAUGAACGACCGUUGUGGUUAUUACGGGAAGACGAAAUUAAAAAAGAGCCCAAAGAUGAUGAUCUAGUUACUAAAGAACCAGAAUUUACACGUGUUGAUAAUCGUUCCAUCAAACUAACAGCCACAACACCGGCUAUAACUAAAACAGUUACCUCAGUAACUACACCUACAAGUGUCAGCAAAAAUUUACGAACUCCAUCAACAUUGUCAGCGUCUAUACCUACGACAAUUACCAAUAAAAAUGUACAAAGUUCAUCAACAUCUGCUACUAAAAAUAUACAAACUUCAUCAAUAUGUACAGCUAUUACAAGAACAUCCACGUCAACUUCUACACCGAUAGCUACGUCUACGACUAAAUCUAAUCCAACAUCAGUGUCGACUCCAGCUGUUGUUGCAUCGUCGUCGACAAAUUUAAAUUCAGUUGCUACCAAACCAACUAUAUCAAAUGUUAUUAAAGCUGCAUUGACAACGUCAACAACAGCAACAGCAACAUCUCCAUUGAGAAUAGUAACAACUUCUUGUACAUCGUCUAACACUAGCUCAGCACAAUCUCCAGUAACGCUCACUAAAACAAAAGCUCAACUUAAACAAAUGCCUGAAAUAUUACCGCCAAAUAAUAAAUUAUCAGCAUCAAUAGAUCAAUCUCCUGUACAGUCGAUCUCUAAUAAUACAGAAGCAAGUUUAUUAAAUUCAACAGAUUUACAAACACUUUCGCCAGCUUCUUCAUCUUCAUCAGUGUCGUCUAAUAAUAAUAAUAAUUCUAUGACAACAACAAUAGGUAAUUCUAAACCACGUAAAUUAGAUAUUAAAGCCUAUAAGGAACGCGCAUUACAGCGUAAACUGAAGGAACAAGAAACAAUGAGACGUGUUGCUGAGAAUCCAAGUCAAUUGACACAGGACUUACUUAAUUUGCCAACUAAAAAGAAAUCUGUUGUCAAAGAAAAUAAACAGAAAAUAAAUCCACAGACAACAAUUGUUAUUACUCCAGAAGUAAAUGAUAAUCAACCGAUUAAAAUUACUUGUUCGACUAGUUUGACGGAUAUUGUAAAUGAAGAAUCAUUAAAUCUUCAAGUUGAUAAUAAAAAGUGUAAAAUUUUAUCAUCACAGCCAAUAAAGCAAUCGCAGCAAUCGGUGACGACAACAACAGAAAAGCCGACAGCUGAUACUUCGAAACCUCCUUCUGUAACUACAGCUCCACGUAAACUCAAACGUAAAACUCCAUUAAUAACAGACAAUCCAGUUUAUAAAGAACCUGUAGUAGCAGAAGAAGUAAGUAAAUUUGUAAAUAUUAAAUCUGAAGGCGGCAAAGAAUUAAAAUUAAAAGAAAAAGUUAAAAAUCGUCCACAAAAAUCAGUAACUACUGAUACACCGGAAGUCGUUGCUAAAAAAAUAUCACCAGCGACACGUAAAAAGCGAAAAAGUUCGACAAAUUUGGCAACUGUGAUACCUGAAAAAAUAGCAGACGAAUCAAUUAAAAAUAAUAAUCUAAGUGAAAGUCCCAGUAAAAUAUUACAGUCAUCAGCACCAGUACCGGUAUCAGCAGCAACACCAACUCCAAUAACAGUUGCAAUUAAAGCAGUUGAGAGUGAUGCUGUUGAAUCAUCAAAGUCUGAUAGUAAUACUGACCCAAUUUCGCAGAAACAACCAGCUCAGUCUACUAAAAUUCCAACAGAAACAAAUACUACCAAUAAACGUAAAAAAUCAUUAAUAAAUAUUGAAACAGAUAUAUCAAAUAGAAAACAAAAAAUAGAAAGUGAAUCGUCUGAAGAAAAACAAGAGAAAAACGCUGAAGCAAAAAUUGAUUUAUUGAAUAUUAAUUCUGUUGAAAGUUCAGAGUUAAAAAUAAUAAAUGAAAAUCCAAUGACCUUAUUUUCACACUACUUUAAACCAUCAAAAAAUUUAAUAAGUGAUGGUUUUCCCAAUUUAGUUGCCGUUGAAAUAAUGGAAAAAAAUAUAAUAAUACAAGAAAGUAAACCAAUAGUUAGUGUAGAAACAUCAUUAGCAUUAGAUGUUAUCAGUGUCAAUGAUAAUAAUAAUUUAUCAAUAAAUACGGAUAUUAUUAAUGUGUCAGAAGUGCCAAGUAUAAGUAAAUCAAUAAAUAUAGAAUCACAACAACCUGUUGAAAAUAUGGUUAACUUAUCCCCUCUGUCAGACAAACAGAUAGAGAUAGAAUUGUCUGAAGUAAACGAGACAGCGAAUAAAGGCGAAAUUUUAACAGAAAAAGAUACUUCAAGUCUUGAUGAUAGCAAAAAAGUACAAUCAAUUGAUGGUGUUAUUAGUGCGGAAGUCCUUCCAAAGAGUGAUCAAACAGACGGUAGAGAUGGAGAAGUUAAUUCAAUGCUUGUAGAGGAAAUUAAUCAAAGGGAGGAAAUGCUUGAAAAAAUCGAUAAACCGGAAGAUCCGAUUGAAAGCGACAUGGUUAAAAUAAACUUUGAUCAAGACCAACAAAUUUUAACUAAUGAUUUACAAACUAAUGAUAAUGUCCUCGCGGAUCUUAAUGUUGAUGUUGAUGUUGAUGUUAAUGAAGAUGAAGAUAUUUUAAAAGCAUUGAAAAAUGAAUUGAAUGUGAAUGAUUUAUCUAAAACAGAUGAAAUAGAGGCUACACAGUCAUUACCAACAGUAACUGAUGCAUUAACGUUGAUUGACAUUAGUUCUUCAUCUUUAUUGGCUGACAAUCCUUCUACUAUUCGUAUCCAAGACGAUGAAAAUAUAUUAAAAUCAUCAGAUUCUGGUCAAACUGAGCGUAUUCCGGAAUCAGAUGCUUCUGUGAUAGAUUCGUUGGGAAAUAUUGGUGAUGCAACUACUGCCACUAUGUCGGAAUUAUCUGAAGACUCAUUACAUUAUGAUAAAUCAUUUUCACAGAGCUCAUUGCCAGAUACAGAACCUAUGUCUGAAUCUAUCGAUAAAUAUGAUAAAUUACAAGUUAUCAGUUCUAAAGAAGGUGACAUUCUGGUUCCUUUAACGGAAAUAAAAGAUGAUAAAUUGAAUGAAAAACCAACUGACAGUUGGAAUAUUUUGGAUAAUCAAGAUGAAAUAAAUGAAGAAGGACUUGGUUCUAUUGGUGAUACUGAUAAAUCAUUUAUUUCUGAUUUACCUCUUGAUGCUCCUUCAUCCCCAGCUGCUGACAAUUGUUUCAAAGAAUAUUCAUCACAGUCUGUUGUUCUUCAUGAUCAAGUUUUGACAGCAGAAAAUUUAAGAAAUUCAUUUUUAGAUGAUCCAUUGGUUUUUUCACCAACAAAAUCACCAAUUCCAGAUGAAAUGGAAUUUGGUGUUUUAGAAGACACUAGUGUUAUGGUGGAUCCUAUUUAUGAUAAUCAAUUAGCAGAUACAUCAGCUAUUGAUACCAUUGAAGAUGUGCCAACAGUUGAAGCAUUCGUUGAAGAUGAACAAGUUGCCAAUACUCUUGCUCUGGAUACAUUAGACGAUCCUUGUCUGUCUCCAGAAUUAUCAGUUAAUUUUGCCACUGAUCAAAAUACUGCACAAAUAAAUAUUGAAGGCAGUGUAAAUCCUUCAAUUGCUGAUAAAGAAUUAAUAAAAGUUAUUGAAGGUACGUCUCCUGAACGUUUACCAUCACCGAUACUUCAAGUGCCACCAUUUGUUGAAGAUGAACCUGAUAAUAUUAAUAAUACUAAUAUUAUUGUUGAUACUGUUGCCUUUGAUGAGACUCAUGAUCUAGAUAAUAAAAUAUCUGAUAUAGUAAAUGGUAAAUCUACAACAAAUGAUAUUAUUACAAAAAUUGAUAACAAUGAAACAACUACAUCAACAUUUGUUAUACCUGAUACUAUUUCUACGGUUAUUACAUCUGAUAAAUAUCAUUCAGUAGAAGAUAAUUCAUCAGCUGCAUUAGAAGCUACUUUAUCUAGUAUAGAAGCUAUCCCAUCAAAAAUAGAGAUUAUUACAUCAAAUAAAGAUAUCGCUACAGUUGCUGAUAAAUCUACGGAAAAUAUUAAAAUAACUCAAGCUCCAAUUGUUGAACAAAUAGAUCCUAAAAAAUUACAGCCUCAAAAUCCAUCAAUAAGUUCAUUAGCAAAAGAAGUAUCAGUUACAAAACAUGAUAAAGAUGAUGAUAAAAAUUCAUCACGAAAAAGUAGCAGAAGUAAAUCAUCAACACCUACUCGUGAGAGUAAAAAACACAGAAAACAUCAUCAUGAACAACGUAAAAAAUCUAAAAUAACAGUAGAAAAAGUUGAAGAAGCAAUUGCUGAAAAUAUUGUUAAAUUAGUGGCCAAACCAACAACUAAAGACGCUGUUAUGUCAAGAAUGCAGGAAAUUGAUAUAACUAUUCAAGAACUUAUGAAUGAAAAAAUGAGGCUCUAUCAAAUGUUACAGACUGACAAGUGGCCUGUUAACCAGCCUGCGGUCGCAUCAGCACCAGGACCCAAGUCUAGUAAACUAAAAACACAGACAGCUUCAAAAAGUCCAAGAGUUAUGGUCUCACGAUUAACAGAGAGUAAAAUAAAACAAAUUUCACCCGAAAUUUCUCCAGUUAAACCGGAUGUUAAUAUUUCAAAACAAGAGAGCGCGCCAACGAUAUCCACUCCUGCAGCAGUUCCUAAAACACCCAAAAGUAAUGAUAAAAAAUCUAAAAAUUCUGAUGAGCAUGCCACAGCUAAAUUAGCCAAAAAAAGAAAACAUCGUGAUGAUAAAGAAUCCACUAAAAAUAAAGAACCGCGUAUUGAAGUAACGCCAGAGAUUAAUAAAAAACGACAUCACUCUGAUGGAUCUCAUCGUAAGCACAAAAAAAUUGAGUCUAUUGUUACCAAUAAAUCACCAGAGGAGACAACACGUAAACAUGUUAAAUUAAGUCAAAUACUUACACGUGAUUUCAAACCAAAAGUAACUACUAAACGCAGAUCUCCAAGUCCUAAUGAAAUUCGUCUGAGUGAACCGUCGGCUCCAACUCGUAAAUCAUUAUCAAUUAGUGCUGAAACAAAUUUACAUAAAGAUUUUAAAGCUAAAGCCGAUGAGAAUAAAUCUUUACAUGAAGAUAAUAAAAGUACCACUCAUACUGAUGAUAAAAUUAUAAAUCCUACUGAAGAACCGGCUGUCAAAUCGAGUAGUGUUAUAGGACUUAACGAUCAGAGCCUUAUUUAUUCUGAUGACAGCACUUGGGAUACUUUCGAUAACUCAACGAAACAUGAACGAUCAAUGGGUUUGUUGCUUUUGGAAGAAAGUAUGAAACGUGAGAAAGCUGCAAAGAAAAAUAAAUCUAUUGAAUUGAAGAAGAAACAGUCGAUGAAGAAAGCUCUGAAUGUUCCCGUUAUUUCUGAUGAUGAGGAAGAAAUUCCACUCGCUGUGCUGAUGAGUAAGAAAAAGUUUCAGCGUAAAAAAUUACAUCAGUCUGCUGGAAAAAAAUCAACACAUGAAAUUUCUACAAAAAGUGUCAGCAAAGCUGGUGAAUUAGCAAAAACUAGUGGAAUUGCCGAUGAUAUUGCUAACAAAAAUGAUAGUAAGGUUGAAGAAGUGUCAACUAAAGUAAGUAAUUUUGAUGAUAUUUCAAGUAAAACAAUUACUAGCACUGCUAGUGCUGUUGAAAUAUCUAAUAAGAGUAGCGGUAAUAUUAUUAACACUGAUCAGGUGUCUUCAAAAGUUAGCAGUAGCUGUACUGCACAAAUACAUACUGCAUCUACUCAAAGUAAAAAUAUCAGUAGCAAUGUUGAUAAUAAAAUAUCAAAAGAUCAUUUACUAGAAAUAAUUGAUGCUGUUGCGGCAAAUCGUACUGAUGAUGAUGAUGAUGAUGAUUUUACCGACACCACCAAGAAAAACAAAAAAGAAUCGAAACAAAAGGAUUUGGAAAAUAUUUCAACUGAUGAUAGUGUAACUGUUGAUGUUAUGACACAGGAAUCAACAAUAAAAUUAACCUCGGCAACUGAUAAAAAUGAAUCACAAGCUAUUGCUAGUGAAGUUUGUAAUGAUAAUGUUGGUAAAGUUAUUGAUUCUCCAAGACCACCAACAAAUAAUUAUGAUGACUGUGAAGCUGAUGAUAGUAUUCCUGAUGAAGCUGAAUGGACGACACUUGAUUCUAUUGGUUUUGUUGAUGAUAGAGAUGAAGAUAGCUAUCAUACUACUUCAGAUGUUAGAUCUAUUGCUAGUGAAUCAGAUAAAAAUAAAAAAGUUGAUAAUGAUAGUUUGGUUGCUGAAAAAGAGCUCAAUAAGGAUCAGACUACAGUAAUUAAUAAUGAUGACGAUAAUAAUGAUAAUGAUGAUAAAAAAUUAAUGAGUAAUAUUUUAAUAAAUAAAAAGAAAAAAUUACUUCAAGACUGGGAAGAAUUAUCAAAUAUUUCUGAUAAAGAAUUUGAUAAUGAUCACUGUGAUAUCAAUAAAAAUGAUGAUGAUAAUGAGUCUCAAGUAAAUGUUAAAGAAAAUUCGACAAUGGAAGCGAUAGGUGGUGGUGAAUCCUUGACGACAGAGGAUAUGAUUAAACAGAAAGAGAUCGAUAAAGAAUCAUCUGUGCCUAAAAUUGUUGUUGAUAAUGAUUCUUUGCCCACACGUUUUGCUGAUAAGGUUGAAAGGCCAAAGUCUACUGUUAAAGAACUUCUGAGAUCUAAAACUCCAAUUCCGAGUGAACGUCAAAAUUCUUCUUUUGGUGAUAAUCAUGAUGAUGAUGAUAAUGAUAAAGUGGAGGAAAAAGAGGAUAAUGUUGAAGUUGGAAUUAAACGACCCAAGUCAACAGUCAAAGAAUUGGAAAGACCUAAAUCUACAGUUAAAGAAUUGAUUAGAUCCAAGACUCCAGUUAAGAAUAUUGAUGUUGAAAAGUCUGUGGCUAAUAAAGAUGAGAAAGAAGAAAAAGAUGUUCAGACGUUGAAUAAAAAAUGCAAGAGAGUUGAAAUUAGACUAGAAAGACCCAAGUCUACUGUUAAGGAAUUGAUGAGAUCAAAAACUCCUGUUACAAAUAUUGAACAGAAGUCUUCGGUACAUGAUGAUAAUGAUGAUGAAAAAGAAGAAGAAGAAGAAGAAGAUAAUGAUGUGGAAGAUGAAAUAAUGUCGAGUAAAAAACAUAAGCGAGUAGAAAUUGAAGAAAGACCCAAGUCAACAGUAAAAGAAUUAUUGAGAUCUAAGACUCCAAUUCCUAGUAGUGAUCAAAAGUCUUCAUUGCGUGACAAUAAUGAAUAUGAGGAUGAGAUCAUUCACGAAAUAAUAGUGGGCAAGAAAUACAAAAAAGUGGAGAUUGAAGAAAGACCAAAGUCUACAAUAAAAGAACUAGAGAGACCUAAAUCUACUGUGAAAGAAUUGUUGAGAUCAAAAACUCCAAGUAUUGAAAAAAAGUAUUUAUUGCAUGAUGAUGAAGACGAUGAAGAAGAUGAAAUUAAUCGCGAAAUAAUUAGUAGUAAAAAACAUAAGAAAGUGGAAAUUGAAGAGAGACCCAAGUCAACAAUUAGAGAACUUGAAAGACCUAAAUCUACUGUAAAAGAAUUGUUGAGAUCUAAAACUCCAAUGCCAAAUAGUGAUCAAAAGUCUUCAUUCCACGAUGAUGAUGAUGAUGAUAACAAUGAGGAUGAUGUUGACCGCGAAAUAUCUAUGAGUAAAAAAUACAAAAGAGUGGAGAUUGAGGAGAGACCUAAGUCUACUUUUAAAGAAUUGUUGAGGUCAAAAACGCCAAUUCCAAGUAUUGAGCAGAAAUCUUCAUCAUAUUAUAAUGAUGAUGAUGACGAUGAUGAUGAUGUUGACCGUGAAAUAGCAGUCAGUAAAAAACUUAAAAAAGUGGAAAUUAAUGAGAGACCAAAGUCAACAGUUAAAGAACUGGAGAGACCUAAAUCUACUGUGAAAGAAUUAUUGAGAUCGAAAACUCCUAGUAUCGAUAAAAAAUAUUCAUUAUAUGAUGAUGAAAGUGAUGAAGAUGAGGAUAAUGUUGAUCGUGAAAUCGUAAUGAGUAAAAAACAAAAAAGAGUUGAAAUUGAAGUAGAGAGGCCAAAGUCGACAAUUAAAGAAUUAUUAAGAUCCAAGACUCCAAUUGCAAGUAUUGAUGAUGCGGAGGAAGACAAUGAUGUUGAAGAUGAAAUAUUACUGAAUAAAAUUCAUAAAAGAGUGUCACUUGAAAUGGAGAGAUCAAAAUCAACAGUGAAAGAACUUGAAAGACCUAAAUCUACAGUUAAAGAAUUGUUGAGAUCCAAAACUCCAAUUCCCAGUAGUGAUCAAAAGUUUUCAUUGCGUGAUAAUGACAAUUAUGAAGGUGAUGAUGGCAAUAGUGAUGUUGAUCGUGAAAUAACAAAAGUUAAUAAAAAACAUAAAAAAGUUGAGAUUGAAGAGAGACCAAAGUCAACAGUCAGAGAAUUAGAAAGACCUAAAUCUACCGUAAGAGAAUUAUUGAGAUCCAAGACACCAAUUAAGAGUCUUGAUCCUCAAAACUCUUUAAUUGAUGAUGAAGUUGACGAAGAAGAGGAAGAGGAGGUUGUACAAGCAUUAAGUAAAAAACAUAAAAGAGUUGAAAUUGGUGUAGCGAGAUCCAAGUCAACGGUUAAAGAACUGGAACGGCCAAAAUCUACAAUAAAAGACUUAUCAAGAUCGAAAACUCCUAUGCCGAGCAUCGGUGACCAGAAAUCUGCACUGGACGACGAACAAGAAGAUGAUCAUUUUGAGCCAGUGAGUAGAAAACGUAGAAAAGUAGAUAAAGAUACAGAGCGGCCAAAGUCUACAGUCAGAGAGCUUCUAAGAUCUAAAACUCCUGUAAAAAAUAUUGACGACGAAAAAUCUACUGCCCCUGACACUGAAGAUGAUGGUGAGCAAGUGGUUAAACGACGGGGUAGAUUUUCUAAAAACAAAAAAUUUUCAUCUAGUCGCAGAAAUUCUCGGCAGUCUGAUGACAGCAAUAAAACAACAUCAUCGCGCUCUAAACGCGUUGGUAAGUCACCGAAUUCUCGUGACGUAUCUCCACCUCUUGAAAUUGACACUGGUGUUACUACCACUGGAUCAACGACAGCAAGUAAAAGACGUCCAGCAUCCGGUGGAUCUACAAGUUCGGUGAGCAGUAGAAAGAGAGUGACAGCAGCUGCAUCAACAAAAACACAACAACAAUUAGAUGCCAAUCGUACGGCACGUCGUGGACGUAAACGAAAAAAUAAUAAAUUAAAUAAUGAUUCAGUAAAAACGAGAAUAUGUAAAGUAAGGCUGGUCGAUUGCAAACGUAUUUGUUUAGAGCCGGAGUCGCAUUUAUCUUUUCUACAGCAGUACGGUGUCACUAAAAUAAAUAAACGUAAAUUAUCAUCAUCUUCAUCCUCGUCAAGCGAACAAGUUGAUUCAGUAAUUGAAGAUCUACCCGAAACUGUUCGCGAUAAUGAUGAUGAGGAUGAAAUAUCACCAGUAGAUAAUGAUAAUCUUAAUAAAUCAUUGAUAAUAGACGAUGAAAAAAAUUUAACUGAUGAUGAAAAACUUUUGAGUGAUGAAGAUAAAACCCAAAGUGACGAUGACUCUAUGGAAUUAAUAAGAGUUGAAGAGAUUGAUGACAAUUUGACGUCAUGCUCUAAUAUUCAAGAUCCAAGGGGAUCACGUCUCUCUCCAAUGACUGAUUUUGUAUCAUCACCACACGAAGAUGACGAACUGCCAGCAUCAGAUUUUGAAGUUAUCAAUGACGAUGAUGAUGAUCACGAGAUUUCAGACAUUGAAGUACUCGAAAAAGAAACUCCAAUACCUGAAAAUAUUAAUUCCCAAUCGUCGCCGUCGACGUCAGCAUCAGCGUCAGCGUCGGUGGUGCCUGAAGAAAAAGAAAGUAAUUCAGAGCCUCGUAGAACACAGUACACCGUUCACAAGGGACCUAUUCUUGAUAUAAAGGUAUUUGGUGAUUCAUUUCUGGCAGCGAGUGAGGAUGGAGCAAUAUAUCGCUACAGUCAAAGAUCAAAUGGUAUAUUAAAUAUCUAUAAAGGUCAUGAAGCAGCGGUAACGUGUCUUUAUGUACACGAAGUACCAGGGGCUGCUGGCGCCAACAAUAGUCGAUGGAAUUUAUUUUCUGGUUCACUUGACGCAACACUGAGAUGUUACGAUAUUAUGAGCGGUACAUUAAAUCGAAAUGUUGCUGGAGUUGGAAGUCCAAUCCAAUGUAUGGACGAAGCAUGGGGCAGUAUAUUUAUCGGUACCAAAUCUGGACAUAUAUCACGUUACGAUAUUAAAUCUGGAUGUUUGCGUGAGGAAAAAUUAGACUUUUCUGACAAACCUGUCUUGGCACUUCGUGCAUCCACUGAGGGUGUAAGAAAAGUUUUGAUCGUUGCGUCACGUAACCAACCAAUUACUAUUAGAGAUGCACAAAAUGGUUUAUUUCUACGUACAAUAUCUGGACAAAGAAACCACACGGUUUAUAGUUUAUUGAGAGAUCGUAAUCUUGUAUACUGCGGGACCAGUAAUACUUCGAUACCAGUCUUCGAUUUUAUUAGUGGAGAACAAGUGAUGCAGUUCACUGCUGGUGUUGGAAUUGUUUGUAUGCGUCUAUACAAACAACUAUUGUUUGCUGGUUGUUAUGAUGGGAAUAUUUAUGUUUUCGAUACUAAGGAACCAAAAUUAAUAUGUAGCAUUCCUGGACCUGGCAAUAUGCUUCUUAGUAUGGAAAUCGUCAAUGAUGAGAUAAUAGCAGGCAGUAAAGACCGACGAUUACAUGCAUGGCAGAUGCCAGACCAAAUACGAGUUCUAGUUAACGAGCGUACGUAAAAAUUUAAUAAUGACGGAGAUUUAAAAAAAAAUUACAAAUGAAUGCUCCCAUCAAAGUGCCUGGAACAUCUAGUCAACAAACGAUCAAGUCUUGUUCUUAAAUUAUUAUUUUUAUUAUUAAAAUUAAUUAGUGAAGACGAAGCAUCCCGCAAAUAAGUGAAAAAAAAAAUAAGUAAAUAAAUAAUUAAAUAAUUAAUUAAGUAAAACAAAGUGUAAUAUUGUACAUAAAACAAAACAUUAUGCACAUAAGACAUUUUAAUCUUUGUACAAAAAAAAAAAAAAAAAAAAAAAAAAAAAGAAAGAAAA